AUUUUUCAGCUUAUGACCUCCUGAUAAUUGUUACUGGUUUAAUCUUGGAUUAAUUGGAUUAAUUGUAAUUUUGUUUCUUUUUUUCGUGUUGAAAGCUAAUUGUUAAUUGUUGGGCUUCCUCUUGUGCUUUGUAUUUUCUAUUCUCAAAUCACUAAGUUGCUUUUUUUUCCUCUAAUUUGAUAAUUCUUGCUUAUUCUCUUCAUCUUUUUUUCUCUCUUUCUCCCUUUGAUUCUUCCUCUUUUUCUUUACUGACUUGCUGUUGGUCUCUUUCUCUCUCCUCUGUCUGUCUCUUUAUUUUUCUGUCUUCAUCUUUCCAUACAUACAAAAAAGAAUUUUUUUUUCUGUUCUUUUCAUCUUGUCUGCCUGAAACCCGGAAUUGAAUUGAAUUGAUUUAAGAAUGGCAGUGGCCAGUGGUAAAGAGGAAGACAAUGUUUAUUUCGAGGAUGAUGAAGAGGAAGAGGAGUAUGACGAUGAUGAGGUUGAAGACGGCGAAGACGAUGAGGACGAUGAAUCUUGUUCAGAUCUGAGUUCAACAACCUCAACAUCAACCAACAAUCAAAGGGUGGAUGGAGGAAGAGUCUGUGAUUGCUGCUAUUGUGAGGUAUUUGGACAUGGUUUACCAGCAGUCGCACCUACAUCAAGAAAUUUCAAUGAGAUGAGAGAGCGACUUAGAGUUCGCCUUAGCCAAAGGAAAGCGGAGAAAGGAAAGUGUGAAAAUAACCGGUUAAAAUCCAAUGGAACCAUAGGUUCUGAUAACAGACGGAAUGAGGGAUUCAGGAAACCGGAUGAUAGAGCAUUGGAAGAGCUCGUUCAAUUUAUUGAAGGACAUGAUGAAAAUAAAGAGGCCAAAACAACAAACAACAAAAAUAAACGAAAAAAGGAGAGACAAAAGAAGAAAAAAGGAUUAGUCAAACAAAAGGAUAAAAGUAAUCAACCCUUAACACCACAAUCAAAUUCAAAUUCAAAUUCAAAGGAACCACAACGAUGUCAAGGACAAACUCCAACACCUCAAUCAAUUAUUUGUCCUCCCAUAUCAACUGGAGCACCGGCGGCUUCAACCAAUAACUUAACUGCAACUCCAACGCGACUAAAAUCUUCAAAAAAUGAACCAACAUCAAAACUUUCAUCAUCUUCAUCAUCAGUAAUUAAAAAUACCACCCCAUCAUCGACGAUAUCAUCAUCCUUGUCAUCAACUAUGAAAACAACAACAUCUUCAACAUCCUCAUCUAGAUCAUCAUCUUCAUCAACAGCAACAAAAACACUAACCUCACUUACAUCAUCCACACAAUUACCCACAUCAACUAUAAUUACCAAUGAUUUAUCGGAUCACAGUGUCAAUUCACCGGCAGCAAGAUUAUCAUCAUCAUCAUCAUCAUCAUCAACUAAACAGGGUGGAGGUGAUAUUGGUGAUGCUAAAAAAAGUAGUCAUCAUUUAAGCUCCAAUGGUAACAGUAAUCAUAAUAACAACAAUAACAACAACAACAAUAAUAAUAAUAAUAAUAGUAAUUCGAGUAAAAAAAUAUCUAUGGAUAUUUCAUCAUCUUCCUCGGUUAAUCAAAAACUGAAAGCUACUCAUUCUACUUCUAGUGAUAAAAAUAAUUGCUUAAAUUUAUCUAAAUUAACUCACCAACGCUCGUCAACCGAUCAAAUAAUAGACGAAAAUGUUUCAACGCCAAAAUCAAUUAAUUCACCGCAAAAACAACGUGAUAAUAAAAACGAUAAACAAGAUAAACAGAAUAAAAAUGACAGAGGUAAAAGUAGCAGAAAAAGAAUAGAAGAUAUUCUAUUCGUAGAUGAAGUAUUUAAGCCUAAAGACAUCGAUCUUGAAAACGAAGAGCUUGAUGAAACUGAGAAAGAAGUUGAAGCUUUUAAAAGAUUUUGUUACAAUUCUGUGCCACUCGCCCGGAAAGACAAAGUUAAUAUCGAUUUGUCAAAUAUUUUGAUUACCAGAAGGCCAAUUGAUCAAUUGGAUAGCUCUAGUGAUUCAACUAAUUGUUACCAGUCAAAUAAAAAGUGAAGCCUUCAAUAAUUGUGUGUGGAUAUUACCAAACCAGUGAAAAGAAUCAAAUUAACCAAAGUGAAAAUUUACAGACAAAGUAAUCAAGGGUAUUCAUCAUCGUCAUCCAAUUAACUUAAACAAAAAUUACCCAACAGUAAAAGUAUCGCAAGAUAUUUAUAUAUAAAUAAAUUACCACACAUUUUGAAAGGAUCAAGAAAUCACGACGAUUAAACAACAAUAAUUAAACACAAUUCAAUGGUUUCAUCAUCAAGAUUCAUGACAACAACAAUUAAAUCUGAGUUUCUGUUUACCAAGUAAAUUAACUUUUGAUUUCCGUCGCUGGCCUAAUAUAUAAAUGGUAUUAUGGUUGUUUCCGUUGCUUCAGAAAAUCAACUAUUUCUUUCAUCUCUACUUUUUUUUGUUUACUUCAUCUUAAAUCACUAAACAACAAUAAUAAUUAUCAACAAUCAAUUUAUUUAUACAACAAGGCCACACAAGGAAAAAAUUUAACAACAAUCAAGAGUCAAAGAUCAUCAAUUUAAAUCAACUCUGGACAUGAAAAAAGCUCUCUAACUGAAGUUGAUUCCUCAAACCUGUUCAAAUAGUGUUUAAUUGUAAUACUAUUCAAAAGGAUUAAUCAAAUUAAUUAUAUAUUAUUGACCCUUUUUGCCUUCAUCAAAAUUUUCACGAAAGCAAAUUCAAAGCCUCUCUCUCUCUCUCUCUCCUCUCCUUUUUCUCUCUCUUUCUCUCACUCACCCGAUUAUGGAUAAAGCGAAACAAAUUUAAUGAAUCGUUUGGAUUAACAAAAAGGAUAAUCUCUCUUGAGCAAUUUAGCAUGAAAAUUACUCGAAUGGAUAAAAGACUAAAAUCAAUUGUAAAAUUUUAGUUAAAAUGUUGGAUGAAAAGUUAACAUUUUCUUUUUUUUCCGAUUCAAAGAAAUUGUAAAAAGAAAUUAACUAAAAUUAUCUAGUACGAUAAUCAAGUGUAAUUAUAAUCAACAGAAAUUAAUUGAAGAAAGAGCAAGUAGAGGGACAGAAUAUAAAGAAAAGUUAAUUGCAAACGAAUUGGAGUCAACUAAUAAAGGAAGGAAUCAAACCAAGGAAGAGACAACAAUCAAAUGAAUUUGGACAUGAAUCAACUUCUCAUUACCAAUUAAGGACCAUAUUCACCAAUCAGGAUUAAAUUGAUUGCUAAUUUUGUGUUCAUACAAUUUAAAUGAACUCAAAACCUUUUCUAAUUUUCCAGAUCAUAAUUAUGAUUACAAUUUAAUCUUGUUCAAUGGCCUUAAAACCCAUGAAGAGAGUUAGUGACAAUUCAAUCGACCGGUAACCAUUGAACGUAAUUUAAUUGGACUCAAUCAACAGUCAAGACAAUUUUAUCGAUUAAUUUUUUUUACCUUUAAUUGGUCAAUAAUCAAUAUAAACAUGAUACAUUAUCCACCAUGGAGGAAGAGGAUUACGAGAGCGUGGGAGUAAGAAAUGCAAAUUAAGUUGAAUAUUUAUGUUUUCAGUGUUGUUAUUUUAGAGAAAAAUAUGAAAUAAUUAAGAGUGAGAGAAAGAGUUAAAUUAUAUAAAUAUGUAAUUAUUUUUUUCCAUUUAAUCUAUUGGUAGUUAAUUUUGUUGAUCAUCUUCCUUUCAUAAAUAAAUUCGAAUUGUAAAUUGUUCGAAAAAUUU